CAUGGUAGAUUCUGCACCGAAUUGUAUAGCAACUCGCUGUUUAAAGUUGGUCUCGUAAUUCGUGUGUGAUUUUUACGUUUAUUUUUUUAAUUUCUGAGUGAAAUUUUAAAAUGUAUACUGUUUCUAAGGGACCCAGCAAAAUUGUAGCUAAAACUCGACGAGGCCUCUCACAGAACUUAGAAAGAUUGGACAGCCGUAAAGAUCACAAUAGAAAGUCUUCUGAGUCCGACAAUGGAGAAAUUAUCAACAUGCCCAAGCCUAUAUUUCAUUCCAAUGGUAAAAAGACAGUACACCAAAGAAUACAACACCAUGUGAUUACACCGCAACAUGAGGAAAUCAUUAGAUAUAUCAGUGAAACCUGGACACAGUCAGCAUACGGUGAGAGUGAACCAACAACACCUACAAGUACAACUGAGUCUGGCAGCUCAUCUCCCGCUCCUCCAUCAAACCUGUACUACCAGGACGAGGCUCCCAGCCCAGUGCUGCGCGACUUCAAGCCCUUCGACCUGGAGACAUGGUGGGGCAAGCGGCUCUUCCAGAACAUCACCAACUCCCUCUGAGUUAGCAGGCGGUAACAACAACAUGUGGAAACAUAAAAGUUGGCGGUAGCGUAAGUCACAAUCAUCUGUAGUUUACUAAAUUUUUAUUUAAACGGUACCUCUUCAUAACUUCUCACGGCUACAGGAAGCAGAUCGUUCUCUCAUUAAACUGAAUUAGGUAGUAGUUUUGAGAUGAUGAAUGAGUAGAAUCUAUGCUAAUCCUGUUGCUUCUGGUUUUGACUGAAUUCAAUAACAAAAUUGUAUCAUAUUUGAUCUGAUUAUACAGUUUGUUGUCAUAAUGCAUCUCUUGUAUCACAGAAAUUCAUGAAUGAUCCUUCAUUAUCAACUUUUAAGGAAAUAUCAAUUAAUUUGAAUGUGUAACUCUUUGCUGUCAGUUCAUUGGCUAUUACAAUGUAUGCUGCUAUCUAUAUAUCAGCUAUUUUAUACUGUGUAUUUUUAUGAACUACUAUAAUGUUAAUCUUAAGAGAAUAAAAAAUUCUAAAAAAAAGUUAAGUAAUCUACAGUUGAUUGUGGAUCUCAGUAGUUAUGUCAUAUCAUAAGUAAAAAUUUUCCAAAAGCUCAAUUUCUUUGCAUUGUUACUUUGAACCAAUAUUCUUUAAGAUUGUUGUUGAGUGAAUGUUAUAGUUUUUGGUUAAAUAUAUAUUUUCUGAAAAUCGAAUUCGGGGCAAUUUUAUACCAAAGAAUAUCAUGUUGUUUUGUGACUAUUGUACCAUAAAAUGUUUUACACAAGUUUUGCCAAAUCUUUAUGAGCCAAAUUAUUUACUGAAGUUUUUAUGUACUAGCAUAGCAUUGUUCUAGUAUCUCCAUAUUAUUUAAUGUUAAAUUCAUUAAGCAGUACUCCGGCUAACAAUAAUGGCUGCUUGUAGGAAUAUUAAAAGUUCUCAUCACAAUUUUUACAAAACUAAUAACCUGUUACCUUACUCCUUCGCAGCUACACGUUUAAACCUAUUAAAUUAAUCAAAUGUUAUAUGCCUUUUGCAAUAGUUGUGUAUUGCAACCAUACAUUAAAGUGCCUAAAUACAGCAAUAGUGUAAACAGUAUUAUAAAUUGUUAUGCAACAGUGAAAAUAUUGUUAAAUUGUAAAUAUGUAAAGGUCUCGCAUUACUUAAUUACCAAAUCAUGUACUUGAGUAUUAUUGUCAUACAUAUACCAGUCUCUGUUUCACUUGGAUUUCUUCAUGAACUGUCAGAUACUUACUGUAAGCGGUCUCAUCGGGUUUCAUUUUAUAUUUGUUUUGUAAUUAUGUACAGACACAAGUUAAUAGCACAUUGCUAAGUACCUUUAUAGUCUAUUUCAAUUUUAUUUACUUAUUAUUUUAAAUGUAUAUUGUAAAAUAUGGGAAGUUUUUGAUUUAUCAAUAAUCGCUUCAUCUGACUUGUUUAUUUUGCUGUAAUGUGCAGCUAAAAUAUAUUCAAUAUAGUCGUCUACAACUAAUAAAUCUCUUGUUGCUCGAUUUUGAUUAUUACAAUAAUUUAAUGAAGUCGCGCUGAAUAUAUUACGUUCAUUAAUUAACCAAAGUUCCUGUGACCAUAAAUAUUAUAUAAGUACUCGAAAUUCUUGUGAAAAAUAGCUUUUUACUACAAAAUGUUACUGUUAUUGUUGUGUAAUGUUAAAUCACUUGUUUUCAAUGUUUAUUUUGUGUUAUACAUAGCUUCUCAUGCUCGAGGCUGAACAAUGUCUUCCAUGAAAAUAUAACUGGUCUGGCCAUAGAUAUUGUUGCUAUAUAAAUAUAUGUACUUAUACACUAACAGAAUUCAGAAUAGGCCAUCACUGUAAGUGAUAUUUAUAUUAUCCUCAAUUUGAGGUACUAAAGAAAACAAUAUUGUAAUAAUUUAUGUUCCUCAGGGUUCCAUUGUUUUGCCGAUAUAUAGAUUUUAUCAGUAAUACUAUAGUUUACAACAGUGUUAUGGCCAGACUGACUAUACGUCAAUUUAAUCAUGUUAUUCGUCGUGUAAAAAUCUUUGGAAUAUUGGUUUUAUUUCCUUUGUACAUAAGAAAAUUUACAAGAAUGUUUAUUCGUCAUAGACAUUCAUGAACAAGCAAGGAAAUAUUCUUUACAGUUUACUUGUUUUGUAUACUUUAGAGCAGUAAUGUGAAUUGAAAGUUUUACUACAUAGCUAAAUAUUACUUAUUAUUUUAACAUUUAUUUAAAAUGAACUAUUUAUAUUUGCUGUUGUCAAAAGAUAUAUUACUGCAAUUGCGCGAGUACAAAACGAGUUAACGCGUAAAGCCGUUGAUUUAUGCAAUAAGCAAAAAAUGCACGAACCGUAGUAUAAUUUUUAACCUUUUAGAUGAAAUAUUUGAGUCGUAGUUGUAACGCAGGAGAAUAUUUUUAGACUGAUUUAGUUAUUAAAACGUUAUGCUUUUUGUUGUAGUUGAUUAAACCAUCUGAUAAAUUA